GAGGACCUGCGAUUCAACAGGGGAAUUGCGAGCGCGGCCGUAACCUGCCCUGAGUGGUUUGAGGAGAAGGGAAAGCUUGCCGCAAUCGAGCUGACGAAUCUGAUUCGUCACACCAACUUCCUGAUGCACAGUUUGUGCCAGAUAGACCUUGGAGGAUAUCCUCUGGAAGAGAGAGAGAGGCUGUAUCGAGGAGUUAUAUUCACGUUAUCCCGUGAUAAAGCACAGCUGAUUGGCCCCAAGUACAUCGGAGUCAAGCACGGUCCAGCCAUCGCCAUCGCCAGUGAGAGACAGUGGCGGGGUGAGCGCGACAACGACCCGUACAUCGGACAUAUCGUUCGACCAUUCUUGAAGAAGCAGCGCGACUUUGAGGUAGCUGUAUCUUACAGACAGAACCGAGUGAAUAUUAACAAGAAAAGAGACAGGAACAGGGACAAGGAAAACAAGGACAAAGGUAGAAAAGACAAAAAGGGCAAGACCGCUAAGGAAGACAAGGACAGGUAA